AUGAAAAAACAUAAUUCAGAUGACUAAUUACAUCUCUAAUUAAUAUAAGAUAAUGAUCAAUUAAUUAUGAUUUCAGAAGUAGAUGAAGAAAACAAAUGUUCAUAUUUUCUUAGUAAUGCUAUUUAUUAUACUGAAAAAUUAUUAUAAUUAUUAUUGAUAGUUGUAAAAACAAAAUAAAAUAAUUUAAAUAAAGAAAUUCAAAAUGCAUUAUCUAAAUAAUAAUAACACUUAAAAUAAUAUUUAUCUAAAUUUACAACUAUCAAUAAUUCAAUUUUGAGUAAAGAGGAAUUAGUUUAGAAUUAUGAAAAAGUCAAAACUGAGUUUAAAGCCUAAUGUUGUAAAGCAUUCUCUAUUUAUUCCACAUAGGAUGAAUAAUAAACAGGCAUUAAUGUAGAUUAAGAAUAAACAGAAUCAUAAUAAACUACUAUAUGGAGUAUUAAUGAAAAUAAAACAAUUAACAAUGAAAAUACAGAAAAUGUAAUUGAUAAUUCAUUUAAAAUAUAUUCAGAUUUAGAAUAGAAUUAAAUCUAAAUUUAAUUUCCUAAAAGAGUAUCAUAAGAAUAUCAAAAAGAUUUAUUAAAAAAAUUAGAUGAAAUAUCCAAACAUCACAAAUAUUAAUGUAUAUAAUUGAAAUGA